CUCACACGUUUUUCUCUGUACCUGCGCGCUAUCUUGCCUGCCCGCUACGUACCCGGGCGGAGUUGGGCUUUUGGAUACGCAAACGAAUGUUCUAAAACUGCUGCAGCGCCUCGAAACUCCGCCAUCAAUUGUCCCCCUUUCCCCUUUCCCACCUCAUCGAACCAACGCAAUGUUCGAUUACGCCCUCUAAACGAAUAAAGCGACUCUUGUAGUCUGCUUUGAAAGAAAAUAAAAAAAGUUUUGAUUUUGAAAAAAGAGAGUUUUUACAUCACUAUUCAUCUUCUUUUGCAUUUCCAUUUUUGGUUCCUCUUUUCUUAUUAAAAAAACACCGUUUUUUUUAUCUUGCACCCGCCACUUGUCUCUACUCCGUACCUACACAUACACACCUACCCUUUAGUCUUGUGGCGAAGGGCAUUCGUCACCCGCCUUUCCCACUCCGCCUUUAACAAAGCCUGUAAUCUUUUUUAUCUCUCAGCUGCGCGGCAUUCACUUGCAUUCUGCAACAAAGAGAAAUAACCACAAGCAUUUCUUGAAGGCCCUCCCAAAAAAAGACCAAAGAAAAAACGAAAAGCUAUCAGAUCAGGAGAGGUGAUCGUGAUUUCGCAGUCACACCAAACAGCUACCGAAGGAACGAAUGAACGUAUGACAACGCGUCUGUCAUCCAGAUCCACUUAUUUUCAUCUCUCACUCGCCACACUCACUGAAGGGCCCCAUUUCCAGGCUUCCGCCAGAGACCCUGUCAUACCACUUCCCAAUUGGUGCCCAGUUCACAGCGCCUCGACCCACCCACUACAAGCCCAAAAGUCCCAAACCUGUCCUGCCCCAGCGGCAACAAAUCGGGCACGCGGGUCUCGCCACUCUCCUUUGCCAUUCACGCCUCCUAACUUCGGAAGGGGUAGGAGUCAUCAAUCAUUCUCCCCCCCAGAACGUUAACACCACCAGGCAGGCUAUUACUACUGGGGGCUGCUACCUAAAAAACCUCGCCCCUGAGAACACGCCUUGCCUCUGCAUCGAGUCACAUCCGGCCUGUGAUCGAUCUUUGGUUGUUGGCUUGUCACCUCAAUAAAGGCGUCCCACUCUCUGCCUUCAGAAUCCCGUCCUGCUUGCAACGCACCACGGGAACCCGAACCGACCGAAAAUCGAGGACAGCAGGCAAGCAAACGACUAAAUCAACACAACAACAACAACAACACCAAUCCAAUACACACCACCGACUUCCCUGACCUGGGGGUAACCGUUUUUUUUUUUAAUUUACCUUUCUUGAUACCUUCUUAUUCCGAUGAUAUCGAUCUUUACUUCUUGAUGCGUCUACAGUGAACUGCAUCUCUCUUCGUCACCUCUUUCUUUAUCUAUUUAUUACAUUAGAACCAUCUCCACUCAACCUUUUUUUUAUUCCUCAAAUACGCGAUGCAUCUUGCGAUCUCAUCGCUUACCCCAGUCGCCGCCAUCUCAGCCUCGUAUUCCGGUGUAACCGUCCUUGGAAAGUCAACUCGAGGUGCCUUUGUUUGAGCAGCCCUCUGCAUCUCUAUCGGAUAAUACAGCUCUUAUACAUUAGAGCUUUACCCACCCGAUCGAGUAUACGAUUUUUCGACAACACACGGUUUAUUGGUUUACAGCUGUUUGGCUGCGACUGGACUAGUCUGGUUUACACUUUGUGUUACCUGACACCUCCCGCAUAUCGAAUCAACCCCCCCUCUUCGACCUUCACCCAAGCCAAGAUGAGUAGCGGUGCGCGUGACUCGUCCGCCACCGCCGCCUUGCGCCCCGACCUCCAGAACAACUACAACGCGUCGCAGAUUCAAUAUACAUCCGUGUACCCAUCUUCGUCUUUAGCAAAAUCGGCAUCGAUUGCCUCCGCUUCGGACACGUCAAGCCAGAUCUGGUCCGAUUCCCUCUCCCAAACCUCCGACGACUCUUCCGCUUCUUCCGCUACCUCAGAGUCAGACUCAUGCGAUUCGCAAUGUGGAAGGAUAUUAGCUCGGGAUUCCGGCGUUGCCGUUGCCGAAAUUCAUGCACAGUCCCGCAUUAGCUCAUGGGCAAGGGCACAAAAUCAGCAGCAGCAGCUUUUGCAUGUCGAUGUCCCGGUAUCUGCAGAGCUCCGACAAAACCCUCGGCGCUCUGCGAGUGGGGCAACGUCUCGCAUUGGCUGUCCUCCCACCCUUGUCCGCCAAUCCGACCGCAAGGUCAACUUUGUUGACAGCCUCGUUGAUUCUUCAACGCAGAUUGUUGAGGCCAUCUGGCCUACAUCCUCGGUGAUCUGCCGCAGUGAAUCCAGCAACAGUGUGUUGCCGCUGCGGACUUUUAUCCAGGAAACCUUGCGCCGUUCCCGCACGAGCUAUUCGACUUUGCAGGUUGCUCUCUACUAUUUGAUUCUCGUCAAGCCUCAUGUUCCCGAUCAUGACUUCACUAUGGAACAGCAAGAUGACUGCCACGCGAGCCGCGCCCUCCAGUGCGGCCGACGGAUGUUUCUGGCUGCUUUGAUACUGGCCUCCAAAUAUUUGCAGGAUAGGAAUUACUCUGCGCGUGCAUGGAGCAAGAUCUCGGGCCUGGCUACUCAUGAGAUCAACCAGAAUGAGAUCGCCUUUUUGCUCGCCGUCAACUGGAAUUUGCACAUCACCAAUGAGGUUUACAACCGUUGGACCGAUUGUGUAAUGAAGUUUACACCUUCGCAGCCGCCGUCUCCAGGUGGAGCUGCGCAGAGGCUUUUCGAACGGCAGUGCGACGAGUUCCGACAUCUCGUUUUGAAUCUCACACCCGAUUUGACUAAUCUCGAGGCUCUUGUACCAUCGUCCCCAUCCAAGACUCAGGAGCUGGGUUCAUCACCACGGUCGUUGUAUUCAAACUGGUCAUCGGACAGGAGCCCCAGCUUCGACCGUGCCUCCCCUGAGGCCACAGUAACGCCUACCACGCCUACCCACUACACUGCGCCCAUGGUCAUGGAGCCAACACCGGCAACUGUAUAUACUCCCGGCCGGCUGGCUCCUGCCUUGGGCCUACUGCCCACUCCACGUUUGACUCCCCAGUCCAGCGGCUUCAGCACUCCCGCUGUGAGUGCUGCAGGCCACCUGCUGAACAAGGGUUCUUCCAUGGGUCUUGCGAUGGCCCAAGCCAACUCGGCUACUGCCACGCAAGCACCAUGGUCGGUCCAGACCCCCUGGCCCACGGCUGUAACGUCUUCCCCGCACAGCUAUUUCACAGCUCGUCGCUCCUCCUUGGCAAACACAAUCUCUACAACUUCCUCACCAGAGUCGAUGAUUUCGGACUUAUCCCGGACUUCACGGUCGUCCUCCAUCUCAUCUGCUUCGUCGCUGGCAAGCGCGCCGUCUACCAAACUGGAUGUACAGGCGCGAUGCCGCUACGCGAAGCUUUGCAGUGAGAGGUCUAGCCUGAGGCCCAUCAUCGCCACUGUCCCUGAGGACUACGAAGAGAACUGCAUCACCUCGUCGCCGGAGCCCUACUGCUACCCGGUCGGCAAAGAUGCAUGUGCUGAAACGCCCCUGGCUCGCAGGGAACGGGAGAUUGACGAUGCUGCUGCGCGUGCACUGCAAGACUUGCACAACCAUCAGUCCACUGUGCAGCGACCUGCUCCGGCCCCUAGGGCUGGUUCAAAGCGUGGUCGCACGGCAUCCAUGGACAUUACUCAGGAUCAAGUCAGGGAGCUGCUGAGAGCAAAUCCGGUUUCUGCUUCAUCUGGCUGGGCCGAUAACCUGGUGCGUCCAAGAUUCGGGUCGGCCAUCAGUGAGCCUCUGCUGUCGCACGCCGCCCUUCGGGGAGACGGCCGAAAGCGAGUCUGCUGCUCUACUGAGGCUGCACAACAAUUCACAAUAAACCCUCUUCACCCUGCUGUAGGUGGAAUGGGGGGACCUGGCAUGUGGGAUGGUAUUCUUAACUGAACCUGACUAUUCCAUUUUGCUGUGGCCCUUUAUAUUGUUUUGUAUCCGCUGGACACAUUCGGUCCUGUGACACGAUAUUUUUAUUACAUUUUCCCGGUCUCGAUUGCUAAGCCACUUCUUUUGAGCUUGACUUGUACCAUGUAUUUUGGGAAGUUACAGUCGUUGAAGUUGCGGUAUACCACUUUUGCUACUUCUCAUCUCGAAAAGUCAUAUUUUAGGGCGUAACAAGUUGGUCCUCUUUGCCGUUCUUGCAUUGCAUGGAUCAAAAUGGGGUCUUUUGUUUUUGUUUUCUUCAACAUGUCAUGGACGAGGUUUGGGGGCGUAUGAAUUUAUUGAGCAUAACAAGGGGAUACUUCUGAUCGGAGUUUGCUGCUAGAAAGUUUUGGCAGGCGGACUGAUAUCACAAAUAGCUAUAUACGGUGGCUGGUCUAUGUAUGCCCAUGCCUGUAUCUUGGUGUCGUGUACGAUGAGAGACAGAGAAAGACAGAGAGAGGAGAUGGUUGGCGCGUUGGUUGAACAAGCAUACAUAAGACUUGCUAGUGUGAGGCAAGAUGCCUCUACUUUUAUCGAGUUCUCCAGCAAUACGAGAGAGUUUUGCUUGGACGUCUCGCUAAUUCACAUUCCCUUUGUCUUUGAUACUUGGCCGCGUUUGUUGUUGCUAUGUGGAUGAUACAUGAGUCGCAGUGCAUUCUUGAGCGGGAAUAUGCAUAUACGUCAAGUCGUGACGCCCCGUCAAGGAACAUGUUCACAGGCUUGAUCCUUUACUUUGACAACAGUCAAGCUGCGUGGCAUUUUUGGCCAAACCGGAGCGGGUUUUGGCACUUUACCCCGGCGGCUUUCACGUUGUUUCUCAUGCGUGAGAGGAUCGUCCUGGCUGGGCUGGCCAAGGAGCCAGCCUGUGGACGGGGGUUAUGCAACCACGGCAUUUUUCGUGCGGAACACUUGCGUCUGUUUGAGGAUUUCGGUAUGGCAGAAAGGCCAUGCCACCUCAUAGGAUGGUCAUGCAGACCAAAAGAAGGAAAGAUACUCGACCAACAAGCAAGCGCAUAACAUCAGUUGUCACUCUGUCUCCCCAUUGCUAUGACCAAGUUGAGUCAGGGAAAACAAAUAAAAAGUAUUAUUGGUAUAAUUUUUAUUUAAUUAAUCUUUUUUAUUGUUUAUUUAUUUUUAUUCC